GACACCGGCACCGGCAGCCGCCCCGCGGGGAGCGGGCAUCGCGCUGGGGCCGGGCACUGGCACGGAGGAAAUCGGGCACCGCCACCGUGGGGAGCGGGCACCGCGGGCACCCGGUGUUGGGACUGUGGGGAUCGGGCACCCGCAUCGUGGGGAGGAGAUGGAGCGGAUGAUCGUCAGCAUGCAGGACCCCGACAUGGGCAUCAAGAUGAGGAACCAGCGCUUGCUCAUCACGGUCAUCCCCCACGCCAUGACAGGGAACGACAUCGUGGAGUGGCUCAUCCAGAAGUACGGCAUCUCCGAGGAGGAGUCGCUGCACCUCGGCAACCUCAUCGUGAAGCACGGCUACAUCUACCCCCUCAAAGACCCGCGCAGCCUGGUGCUGCGGGCGGAUGAGUCGCCCUAUCGCUUCCAGACCCCCUAUUUCUGGACCAGCACCAAGUGGCCGGCCACGGAGCUGGACUACGCCAUUUACCUGGCCAAGAAGAACAUCCGCAAGCAGGGAGAUCUGAUCGAACAUGAGAAGGACAACUACAACCUCCUGCACAAGCGGAUCAACCACACGUGGGACUUCGUGGUGAUGCAGGCACGGGAGCAGCUCCGGGCAGCCAAGCAGCGGCGCAAGGGCGACCGCAUCGUCAUCGACUGCCAGGAACAGGCGUACUGGCUCGUCAACCGGCCCCCGCCAGGAGCCCCCAACGUGCUGGAGCAGGGUCCCGAGCGCAGGAACUGCCACACCACCCGUGUCCAGCUGACCAAGAACAUGGAUUACUACAAGCAAGAGAUCGAGUACUGCAGGAAGGCCAUGGCCAGGACCAGGGUGAAGUCCUCCAUCUGCCUUGAGGGGUACAUCAAGUUCAACGAGCAGUAUGUGCCCCACGAUCCCAUCAUGUCUGGCUGCCUGCCCAGCAACCCCUGGAUCACGGAUGACACCACGUACUGGGCCAUGAAUGCCUCUACGGUGACGACCCCCACGAAGCUGCGUGUGGAGCGCUGGGGCUUCAACUUCAGUGAGCUCAUCAUGGACCCCCUGGGCCGGGCACAGCUCCUUGAAUUCCUCAAGAAGGAAUUCAGUGCUGAGAACCUGAGCUUCUGGGAGGCGUGUGAGGAGCUGCGCUACGGGGAGCAGUCCCGCAUCGCCGAGAUCGUGGACUCCAUCUACCAGGCUGGGCCGGGCUCACCCCGCCUGCGACUCCCCAGGCAGUUCCUGGCUCCCGGGGCCACGCGCUGGGUGAACAUCGACAGCAAGACGAUGGAGCGAACACUGGAGGGCAUCAAGACGCCCCAUCGCUACGUGAUGGACGAUGCCCAGAUGCACAUCUACAUGCUCAUGAAGAAGGACUCCUACCCACGGUUCCUCAAGUCGGACCUCUACAAGAACCUGUUGGCCGAGGCCAUCAUUCCCCCGGAGACCAAGAAGCGGGUCUUCCCCUUCAUGCGCAAACAGCGGCAUUCCAGCCCCAGCCCGGCCCUGCUCCUGCCCGCGGGCGAUGCCGAGGAGAGGAACAGGAGCCCUUCCACUGCCCCCGUCCCCGAGGAGGAAAGCUGAGAGCCACAGCCCCCCCCCCAGUAUGGGAGCCCCCUGACCCAGCACACGCAGCCCCGCCGCAGGACCCUGCCGGCAGUAGCACUGAAGGAGAGAAGCCAUAUUUCCCCCAGAGUCCCCCCGGAGCCAGGCUGACCCCGCCGCAGCCCCCACUCACAUCCUCAGACCCUCCUCUCCCUCGGGGAAGCCGCACCCAGCCGGCCUGGUGCGGGGUCACCCCCUCCUCUCACCCCCGCCCCGGUCACGGGACAAUAAAACCCCCAUGGGGAAA